ACAUAUAUAUUCUUUUUAUUCCUAAAGGUUUUGGAAGGAAGAUCAUAUCGACUGCAACACCCAUGGGUUGGCAUAGUGAACCGAUCUCAAGCUGACAUAAACAAAAAUGUAGAUAUGAUUAUUGCUAGGCGUAAGGAGCGUGAGUACUUCGCGACUAGUUCUGACUAUGGACACUUAGCAAGUAAAAUGGGUUCAGAGUAUCUCGCAAAGCUCUUGUCAAAGCACUUGGAGUCUGUGAUUAGAGCUCGCAUACCCAGUAUCACUUCUUUGAUUAACAAAAGCAUCGAUGAACUUGAAUCUGAGAUGGAUCAUCUUGGCCGACCCAUUGCUGUCGAUGCUGGGGCUCAAUUGUACACGAUUUUGGAACUUUGCCGUGCUUUUGAUCGGAUUUUUAAGGAGCACCUGGAAGGAGGGCGACCUGGAGGUGAUCGUAUCUAUGGGGUUUUCGACCACCAGCUUCCUGCUGCUUUGAGAAAGCUUCCCUUCGAUCGCCAUCUUUCCAUGCAGAAUGUGAGAAAAAUUGUCUCGGAGGCAGAUGGUUAUCAACCUCACUUGAUUGCUCCCGAACAAGGUUACCGACGACUAAUCGAGGGAUCUCUGAAUUAUUUCAGGGGGCCAGCUGAGGCUUCUGUGGAUGCUGUUCACUUUGUUUUAAAAGAACUUGUGAGGAAGUCCAUUGGAGAAACACAGGAAUUAAAACGCUUUCCCACUUUACAAGCUGAGAUAGCUGCUGCUUCAAAUGAGGCCUUGGAAAGAUUUCGCGACGAGAGUAAGAAGACGGUGAUACGUCUCGUUGACAUGGAAUCUUCCUACUUGACUGUGGAUUUCUUUCGAAGACUUCCUCAGGAGAUAGAGAAAGCCGGAGGCCCGGGUGCUGCUGCUGCCACUGCCCCGGCAGGGGAUCGAUACGCAGAGGGUCAUUUUCGGCGGAUAGGAUCAAACGUUUCCUCUUAUGUGGGAAUGGUAUCAGACACUUUAAGAAAUACUAUCCCCAAAGCAGUGGUUUAUUGCCAAGUCAAGGAAGCCAAGCAGUCGUUGCUUAAUCAUUUCUACAUGCUCUUAGGGAAAAAAGAGGUAAAUGUUUAUUGUUCUCUAUUUCUUGCCUAUUUUUCUGUAUGACCUGGGGCAACACCU